GCCUCUCUCUCUCUCAUUCUCUCAACACCCGCGCACGCACAUCAUAACACCAUGGCGGUCCAAGAAGAGGAGAAGCUUGUGUACGGCCUGAAGCUCUCCUCCGUCGGGCCGGGCCGGAUGACGGGGGUGGACGUGGUUCACGAGCCGGCGGCCGCGGACCUGGCCAUGAAGUUGCACUACCUGAGGGGGGUCUACUUCUUCGCUGGCACGGCCGUGGAGGGCCUCACCAUCCCGAGGAUCAAGGAGUCUAUGUUCACCUGGUGCAACGACUACUACACCACGUGCGGCCGCUUCCGGCGCUCCGACUCCGGCCGCCCCUACCUCAAGUGCAACGACUGCGGGGUCCGCUUCAUCGAGGCCAAGUGCGACCGCACAGUCGACGAGUGGAUCGAGGCCGACGGCCACGGCUCCCUCCUGGGGCUGCUCGUCUCGCACCAGGUCGUUGGCCCCGAGCUGUUCUUCUCCCCUAUCGUUCUCAUCCAGGUGACCCAGUUCAAGUGCGGAGGCAUGUCAGUGGGCCUUAGCUGGGCCCACGUACUCGGCGACCCGUUUUCGGCCUCCGAUAGCUUCAACAUGUGGGGCCGCACCUUAUCGGGCCUCCUUCCUGACGGGCCCAAAGGGCCGAGAACGCUUCCCGGGCCCAGAAGGCUGGCGGGCCCGGCGAAGCCCGAGAGAGAACCCGUGUCCGUCAAACGGGUCGGCCCAGUAGGAGACCACUGGGAGGUUGACAGCAACUGCAGCAUGGAGGAAUUCACAUUCCACCUUGGUCCGGACCAAUUGGCACAUUGGAUGUCAAAAGUGGGUGGGCAGAGUCAUGGAGGGAAAUUCCCACUGUUUGAGUCUCUUUGUGCCAUCCUUUGGCAGCUAAUAGCCAAAGUCAGAGCAGGGAAUGAGCCAAGCACUGUGACCCUCAUCAAGAAUGACCCAAGCAAGAGGGAGGAUGGGAUUUUGAGCAAUAGUCUAAAGAUAUGCACAGUGGAGGCGGAUUUCUCGGUCGCCGAUGCCGACCCCAGAGAGAUCGCGAGUGCACUGAUCGACAGAGCGGAGGACGAGAGCCGCCUCAUCAAGGAAGCUGUCGAACGAGAUGGCGGAGUGGGCGAUUAUGUCGUGUACGGGGCCAACCUGAGCUUCGUGGACUUGGAAGGGGUCAGCGUGUACGGGUUGCGGUUGAACGGGAACGAACCGAUUUUCGCAAGUUAUGCUAUCGAAGGUGUUGGAGAUGAAGGGGCGGUUUUUGUGCUUCCGGGGCCGCCAAGUUCUAGCAAGGACGGCAGCGAGGGAAGGGUGGUGACUAUGACUUUGCCGGAGAAGCAGUUGCUCCAGUUGAAGAGUGAACUGGAAAAGCAGGACAUAUUGGUUUAGAGCAAUUUGAGGUUGUGUGUGUGUGUGUGUAAGUAGGUACUCAUGGCCCAAGGACGAGAUGAACUUGGGCAGCUUGUUUGGCAUGUGAAAGAAAAGGAAUUAUCAUUUCCUCUUUGUAGGUGUCGUUGCUAUAUUGAAUAAUGUUUAUUGGCUUAAUGUCUCAAUUUUGUAUAUCA